AUGGCGUUGAAGUCUCUCUUCGGCGGCAAGGCCUCGCCCGCCGACAACAACAGCCAAAGCAGUAAUGAAAAAGUCGCCUUCGAGAAAGAGAAGGGUUACGACGCCGAAGCCCAAGGAGGAAUUCUACCUACAUCCACCGACGCCGACUCUGACGCUAGCAUCACCAUCGGCAGGCAGAUCGAACUGGAAGCCAACAACGCCAUCAAGUACCGUACUUGCAGCUGGCCAAAGACCGCGGCUCUGUUGUUCUCCGAGUACAUUUGCCUGGCUAUCAUGUCUUUCCCCUGGUCCUACUCGAUCCUCGGUCUCGUUCCUGGCUUGAUCUUGACUUUCGUCAUUGCCGGUCUCGUCCUGUACACGUCCCUGACCACCUGGGAAUUCUGCAUGCGCCACCCCCAGAUUCGCGACGUCUGUGACAUUGGUCAGAUGCUCUUCUGGAACAAGAAAUGGGCCUUUUACGCCACAGCAGUCAUGUUUGUCCUGAACAAUGUUUUCAUCAUGGGUCUACACUGCCUUGUCGGAGCCAAAUGGUGGAACACUAUCACUGGACACGGCACCUGCACUAUCGCCUUCGCUGCGAUCACUGCCAUUAUUUCGUUUGCGGCUUCGCUUCCGCGAACUUUCAGCACCCUCGCUACGCUGGCGACUGCCUCCGCAGGAUUCACUUUCAUCUCCGUCAUCCUCGCGGCAGCAUUCUCCGGUGUUGACGGAAAACCCGCAGGCUAUGACCCCGCUGAUCCUCUCAAGGUCUACGCUAUACCCCCAGCUGGAACCACUUUCGUUAUGGGCAUGAGUGCUUUCAUGAACAUUAGUUAUACCUUCAUUGGUCAAAUUACCCUCCCUAGUUUCAUCGCCGAGAUGAAGGAACCCAAGGACUUCCCCAAGGCGCUCUGGGCCGUCACCAUCUGCGAGGUUCUCGUCUUCAGUCUCGUCGGAGGUGUUGUAUACGGUUACACUGGUACCAACUACAUGACUUCCCCGGCCUUCGGUUCCAUCUCCAACGAGGUCUACAAGAAGGUAUCCUUUACCUUCAUGGUACCCACAAUUAUCUUCCUCGGUGUUUUGUAUGCUUCCGUAACAGCCCGCUUUGUCUUGUUCCGCAUCUACGGUUCUCAGUCCCGACACAGGACUGGUCACACCAUGGCCGGAUGGCUCACGUGGAUCGCAAUCCUCGCUGUGCUCUGGGUUUUCGCCUUCAUCAUCGCCGAGGUCAUUCCGUUCUUCUCCGACCUGCUCUCGCUUAUGAGCUCGCUGUUCGACUCGUUCUUCGGAUUCAUCUUCUGGGGCGUAGCGUAUUUCCGUCUUCGCAGAGAGGCUCACGGACCAAACUUCUGGAAGGUCCGCGGUUGGAAGGGAUAUGCCGGGUUCUUCUUCAAUGUCGCACUUUGCCUCAUCGGCCUGUUGUUCCUGACUGCGGGCACAUACGCAACUGUCCAGUCUAUUAUUGACGGCUACAAGGCCGAUGGUUUUGGUGGACCUUUCACGUGCGCCGACAACGGUUUGUAG